UAAAGCCAUUGGCAGCGGGCACCGGAAGCGCUUAUAAUUGUGUAGAGCCGGCAGAGUACUGUGCCACGAGAGGCCGUGAAGGGCAAGGUCCGCCGUUUCCAUCGGGACUGGAGCGCAGAGGAACCCGGACCGCAGUAGCGAUGGAGCGGGGCGCGGGGGAUCGCACGGGCAGUGCGCUCUUCGCUGGGUUCCGGGCCUUGGGGCUUUUUAGCACCGACAUUCCACACGUGGUACGGUUCAGUGCGCUGAAGCGCCGAUUCUACGUGACGACCUGCGUGGGCAAGAGCUUCCACACCUAUGAUGUUCAGAAACUUAGUCUGGUUGCAGUAAGUAACUCUCUUCCACAGGAUAUCUGCUGUAUGGCAGCUGAUGGGAGGCUAGUCUUUGCUGCUUAUGGGAAUGUUUUCUCUGCAUUUGCCCGUAAUAAGGAGGUAGUACACACCUUUAAGGGUCAUAAGGCAGAAAUCCAUCUUUUGCAACCCUUUGGGGAUCACAUUAUUUCUGUUGAUACUGACAGCAUUCUUAUUAUUUGGCACAUAUAUUUGGAAGAGGAAUACCUGCAAUUGACUUUUGAUAAAUCAGUAUUUAAAAUUUCUGCAAUUUUGCACCCAAGUACCUACUUGAAUAAAAUACUUCUCGGCAGUGAACAAGGAAGCCUACAGUUGUGGAAUGUAAAAUCCAAUAAACUACUAUAUACAUUUCAGGGAUGGAAAAUGGGAGUAACAGCUCUUCAGCAGGCACCAGCUGUGGAUGUUGUUGCUGUUGGUCUUAUGUCAGGUCAGGUUAUCAUUCACAACAUUAAAUUUGAUGAAACAUUAAUGAAAUUUCAUCAAGACUGGGGACCUAUUACUUCGAUUUCAUUUCGCACAGAUGGUCAUCCAAUAAUGGCAGCUGGAAGCCCAUGUGGCCAUAUUGGACUCUGGGAUCUAGAAGACAAAAAAUUAAUCAAUCAAAUGAGAAAUGCACAUUCUACAGCAAUUGCCGGGCUGACGUUUCUCCAUAGAGAGCCACUUCUUGUCACAAAUGGUGCUGACAAUGCUCUGAGGAUAUGGAUAUUUGAUGGUCCAACAGGUGAAGGUCGGCUUUUGAGAUUCAGAAUGGGACAUAGCGCUCCUCUUACCAAAAUCAGAUAUUAUGGACAAAAUGGACAGCAAAUUAUUAGUGCAAGUCAAGAUGGAACUCUUCAAUCAUUUUCCACAAUACAUGAAAAAUUUAACAAGAGUUUGGGACAUGGAUUAAUAAAUAAAAAAAGAGUCAAACGUAAAGGACUUCAGAAUGCCAUGUCAGUAAGACUUCCACCCAUCACAAAGUUUGCAGCUGAGGAAGCUCGUGAAAGUGACUGGGAUAGUAUCAUUGCUUGCCAUCAAGGUAAAUUAUCUUGUUCGACCUGGAACUAUCAGAGAUCUACCAUAGGUUCUUACUUUCUCAAGCCAAGAGAGCUGAAGAAGGAUGACAUAACUGCAACAGCAGUAGAUAUAACUUCUUGUGGAAACUUUGCUGUAAUUGGUCUCUCAUCAGGAACUGUAGAUGUAUAUAACAUGCAGUCUGGUAUACAUCGAGGAAGUUUUGGCGAGGAUCAAGCUCAUAAAGGAUCUGUUAGAGGUGUUGCAGUGGAUGGAUUAAACCAGUUGACGAUUACAACUGGUAGUGAAGGAUUACUCAAGUUUUGGAACUUUAAAAACAAAAUUUUAAUCCAUUCUAUGAGCCUUGAUUCACCUCCAAAUAUGAUGCUGCUACAUAGAGACAGUGGCAUUCUGGGACUUGCCUUGGAUGACUUCACCAUUAGUGUUCUGGACAUUGAAACUAGGAAGAUUGUCAGAGAGUUUUCUGGACACCAAGGCCAAAUAAAUGACCUGGCUUUUAGUCCUGAUGGUCGUUGGUUAAUAACUGCUUCAAUGGAUUGUUCUGUUAGAACUUGGGACCUUCCAUCUGGGUGCCUUAUAGACAGCUUUUUGUUGGACUCUGCUCCUCUCAAUGUUACUAUGUCCCCUACUGGAGACUUUCUAGCCACUUCCCAUGUGGACCACCUUGGAAUUUAUCUUUGGUCCAAUAUUUCCCUGUAUUCAGUUGUUUCACUACGGCCACUUCCCACAGAUUAUAUUCCUUCAGUAGUGAUGCUUCCUGGUACUUGUCAAACCCAAGAUGUGGAAUUAUCAGAAGAAACCGUAGAACCAAGUGAUGAAAUGAUAGAGUAUGAUUCCCCAGAACAGUUGAAUGAGCAAUUGGUGACUCUUUCACUCCUCCCUGAAUCACGGUGGAAAAACCUUCUUAAUCUUGAUGUUAUUAAGAAAAAGAAUAAACCAAAGGAACCACCCAAAGUACCCAAAUCAGCACCAUUUUUUAUUCCAACGGUUCCUGGCCUUGUACCCAGAUAUGCUGCACCUGAGCAAAAUAAUGAUCCCCAUCAGUCUAAAGUGGUAAAUCUUGGAAUUUUGGCUCAAAAAUCAGAUUUCUGCUUGAAACUUGAAGAAGGACUGGUAAAUAAUAAGUAUGAAGCUGCUCUUAACCUUCUGAAAGAAUUAGGCCCAUCAGGAAUUGAAACAGAGCUGCAAAGCCUGUCUCCUGAUUGUGGUGGAUCUGUAGAAGUUAUGCAGAGCUUCUUAAAAAUGAUCGAGAUGAUGUUGGACAGGAAGCGUGAUUUUGAGUUAGCCCAGGCAUAUCUUGCAUUGUUUCUAAAGUUACACCUUAAAAUGCUUCCUUCAGAGCCAGUACUUCUAGAAGAAAUGACGAAGUUGUCAUCACAGGUGGAAGAAAACUGGAUCCAUUUACAGUCACUCUUCAAUCAAAGCAUAUGUAUUUUAAAUUAUAUAAAAAGUGCUUUGUUAUAAAAAUAAAUUUAAGUGACUAAAGACUUUUAUAUUAAAUG